AUGCAAACGUUCGAUGUUGCCCAACUUCGUGCCGAAACACCAGGUACUCAACAUGUUAUUCAUUUCAACAAUGCCGGGGCUUCACUCAUGCCACAGAUUGUUUAUGAAAUUAUGCACAAAUACCUUGCAGAAGAAACAGCUUUUGGUGGCUAUGAAAUGGAAGAUAAAUAUACAUUUGAAUUGGAAAAAGUUUAUGAACUCUUUGCUCAGUUACUCAAUUGCAAACCAAGAGAAAUAGCCAUUACUGAUAGUGCAACAACUUCUUGGGACAGACUAUUUUACUCGCUUCCUUUCCAAUCGGGCAACAAAAUUUUGACAUCUGCUGCUGAAUAUGCAAGUAAUUACAUCGCUUAUUUACAAAUAGCUAAAAGGACUGGUGCAAUCAUACAAGUAAUUCCAAAUGAUGAAUACGGACAAGUUUCUGUAGAAGCCCUUGCGAAUAUGAUUGAUGAAAAUGUUAGACUUAUUUCAAUAAGUCAUAUUCCUACAAAUGGUGGGUUGGUAAAUCCAGCAGAAUCUAUAGGAAAAAUAGCUCGAAAACACAACAUUUGGUAUUUGAUCGAUGCAUGUCAAUCAGUAGGACAAAUGCCGAUUGAUGUACAACAGAUCGGAUGUGAUAUGCUCUCUGGAACUGGGCGGAAAUUUUUGCGUGGUCCACGUGGUACUGGUUUCUUAUUUGUGAGUGAAAGAAUGUUACAAUUUUUGGAACCGUUUUCGCUGGAUUUACAUGCAGCUAAAUGGACAGCAAAAAAUGAGUACAAAUUUAGAAUGGAUGCCCGAAUGUUUGAAAUAGCAGAAAGUAAUAUUGCAGCAAAAUUAGGCUUAGCUAGAGCCAUACAAUAUACAUUGAAUAUUGGCAUAGAGAAUAUUUGGCGGCGAAUUCAACAAUUAGGACAAACAUUAAGAAACAAACUUUCAACAAUAGAUGGCAUAGAAGUACAAGAUUUGGGGAAAGUUAAAUGCGGAAUUGUUACAUUUACAGUAGAUGGAAUAGACAUUUUUGAACUUUGCGCAAAACUUCGUAAACGCAAUAUUAACACUUCUGUAUCAGUUCGUCAUCAUACAUUACUCGAUAUGACUGAGCGAAAUUUAAACAAUAUGAUUCGAGCUUCCAUACAUUAUUUUAAUACAGAAGAAGAAAUUGAUAUUUUUUGUCAGACGCUGCAAGAUCUUAUUGACAACUAUGUCAAGUAA